UCCUGGUGUGUCAGUAGAGCUGCUGUCUGUCUGUCAGUGAAGACGCUGUGUGAGACUCGAUCUGACACUCUUCUGCUGGGAUUGAGCUCUUCUCUUCUGGAGACUGGACUUUAGAGAAGUGAUGCUGAUCUUUGGACUGAUGCUGCUGCUGCAAACUGCUGCAUGUCUGGAUCGGUCCUGCAGUUUUGGUCAAUCAGAUCCCUGUAACGCAGCUCUUGGAGACAAACUCAAUCUGCUGAUGGAGCGGGACGCUAGAAAAUAUGAUCUGAAGUUACAUCACAGAAUAAAUAACACGCAAGAUGAUCCAAUUUGUAGAGUAAGAAAUAACAGGAUGAAGGAGUGUGAUCUUUAUAAUAACAGACCUGAAGUGACAGUCAUUAAUGGGACUGUGAUAAUAAACCGUGUGAUCAGAUCAGAUUCUGGGAAUUACAGAUUAACACUCACUGAAUCAGACGGCACAGAAACAUCUAGAGAUCUUCAAGUGAUUGUUGAAGCUCCUAUUGGCUCAGUGAAUGUGUCAAUCAUCUGCUCCUCCAGUGGGGUGAUGAGGGUGUCCUGCUCCUCUGAGGGGGAUCAGCUCCUCUACAACUGGACUCUGAAUGGAGGUCCACUGAUGGAUGGAAACAGCAGCAUUGAUCUGGAUGAGAGAACUGAUGGAGACAUCAGCUGCAGCGUGAAGAACCACGUCAGUCACGCACAGAAGACCAUUAGAGUCAAGCACUGUCCUGGACCAACUACUGCAGCUGUGACCUCUGCAGUGACACAGACAUCAAAAGAUGGUCUGGAGGUAAACUGCAGUUUUGAUCAAUCUGAUCACUGUUAUGCAGCUCUGGGAGACAAACUCAAUCUGCUGAUGGUGGACGCUAGUAAAUAUGACCUGAAGAUAAUAAAGAGAAUAAACAACACACAAGAUGAUCCAGUUUGUAGAGUAAAGAAUGGCAGGAUGAGGAUGAGUGAAUGUGAUCUUUAUAAUAACAGAACUGAAGUGACAGUCAUUAAUGGGACUGUGAUAAUAAAGUGUGUGAUCAGAUCAGAUUCUGGGAAUUACAGAUUAACACUCACUGACUCAGACGGCACAGAAACAUCUAAAGAUCUUCAAGUGAUUGUUGAAGCUCCUAUUGGCUCAGUGAAUGUGUCAAUCAUCUGCUCCACCAGUGGGGUGAUGAGGGUGUCCUGCUCCUCUGAGGGGGAUCAGCUCCUCUACAACUGGACUCUGAAUGGAGGUCCACUGAUGGAUGGAAACAGCAGCAUUGAUCUGGAUGAGAGAACUGAUGGAGACAUCAGCUGCAGCGUGAAGAACCACGUCAGUCACGCACAGAAGACCAUUAGACUAGUCUGUCCUACUGCUGUAAAAUUAUAUCUUAUUGUUUUGGGCUGCGUUGCUCUAAUCCUGAUUCUGAUGUUCAUCACCGUAUGUUACAUUUACAAAAGGAAGCAGCUCAAGUGGACACCAGCCGCUGCUGGAGGUACAGAGCUCAUAUACGCUGAUAUCUCUCUUGAGGAAAAGGGUGAAAAGAAGAAUACAGCAGAAGUUCCCCCUUAUGUUGAUGUGGAAUAUGCCAUGGUCCAACUGCAGACAAAGAGAAAGGAAGAGGAAGAGGUGGAAGAGAAGGAGGAGGUGGAAGAGAAUGAAGAAAAGGAGGAGGUGGAAAAGAAGGAAGAGAAGGAGAAGGAAGAAAAUGAGGUGGUGGAAGAGAAGGAGCAGGAAGAGGUGGAAGAGGAGGAGGAGGACGUGAAAGAGAAGGAGGAGGAAGAAAAGGAGGUGGAAGAGAAGGAGGAAGAAAAGGAAGUGGAAGAGAAGGAGGAGGAAGAAAAGGAGGUGGAAGAGAAAGAGGAGGAAGAAAAGGAGGUGGGAGAGGAGCUUCAGUAUGGUGAGGUGACGUUCACACCAAACCACUCCCACAAUCCACAGGAACUUCAGAAUCAGUGUGUUUUCUAG